AUUAUCAAUUGGAUCAAAAGAUGAACCGGCGGAAUCUCUUCUGUUGCUUCAACGUUAUAUAAUUGUUGUUGAUGUUAACGAAUUAGCGACUCAUGAAGAAGUUUAUGUUUGUCAUAAUAAAAAGAAAUGA